AUUUUGCUUAUUUUCUUCUCCUUUUCUUUCUAUAUAAAGGUUGAAUCGUUCUAUUGGAGUAGCACACAUAGUAAGAUCUUGUCAUCUUAUGCAUGUCUGAUGUGUACUUUCCCAGAUUAAGGAAAUCAGUUCAGCAAGGAUUUGAUGGGAUACUUUGUACGCCCCCGCCUGUCGACAAGCCUGCAAGAGACAGAGGUCCAUGUUUACGUUCAAUUCCGUCGUCUAUGCAAGGCUAUAGAGGAAGGUGAUUUAAAUGCUGUGAGAGACUUCCUUCGACAGCUUCCACAUGCGGGACGCGAAAAGCUUACAGUUUUUGGUAGCACAGCACUUCAUCUUGCAACUCUAACUGGAAAAUUGAAUAUGGUGGAGUUGUUGGUGGAGAACAUGACAAAAGAAGACUUGGAAGUACGUGAUAACAAUGAUGAUACAGCUCUUACAAUAGCUGCUGGUAUUGGAGCCACGAGAAUUGCCGAAUGCAUGAUACAAAAGAACAAGGAGUUGGUUAGCAUUCAAGGAGAACAAGAUCUCCUCCCAGUCAUAGUGGCAUGUAAAAACGGCCACAAGGAUACAGCCAAGUAUCUAUACGCCAUCACUCCAUUUGUAUUGCUGCUUGAAAAAAAUGGAGCACAUGGAUCUUUGCUUCUUCGUGCGUCUAUUUUUAGUAAAAUGUUAGGUAAGAGUAUUGCCAUCACUAGUCAUUUCCAAGCUUACAAAAAGAAGGAUUUUAUUUAUUUAUUUAUUUAUUUUGACUUUUUUUUUUUGUUUGCUUUGACAAUGCUACAAAUACAAGACAUUUCCCUAGAUCUUCUCCAGAAAUACCCACAGUUAACUACUACACGAAACGUUUCUCAUGGAACCACACCUCUGAUUGAAUUAUCUAGUCUCAGUGAUUUAUUCCCCAGUGGUCUCCAAUUUGUCUUUUGGAAAAGAUGGAUCUAUUCUAUUAUUCAGGUGCAACUAGCUGCUGACCAGCAUACUAAUGUUCGUAUACCCAUUCCACAAAAUGGCGAUAUGCAUCGUAGGAGCAUUUUAGUGCGAGGGCUCGAUCAAUUGCGAAGACUGUGUUCCAAUUUGCUUCAACCUUCUGGACUAAAGCAGAUUUACGAUACAAAGUUGACCCACACUUAUGCUCUUAAAAUCUUACAUUUGAUGUCCGAAUACAUAUCAAAUAUAGAUGACACCAGACUUCAGCAAAGUGGAGUAUAUGAUGCAUUCUUUAUAGCCAUCAAACAUGGGAUCAUUGAAGUUGUUAUUGAGAUGCUUAAAACGGAACCCAACCUUUUAACUUUUGUGGACAAAAAUCGUAGAGGCAUCCUUCUGUCUGCUGUUCAACAUCGACAAGAAAAUAUUUUCAGCCUGACAUAUGUGCUUGGUACAAGGAAGCACAAGCUGAUUUCUGGAACUGAUGGUCAACAAAAUAACAUUUUACACAUUGCAGCAAUGUUAGCACCUCCUCAUCGACUUGCACGCAUUUCAGGUGCAGCUCUGCAGAUGCAAAGAGAGCUACAAUGGUACAAGAAAGUGGAAAGUAUUGUGGAUCCUUCACUUAAAGAAUAUACCAACAGCAAUAAUGAAACGCCUGGGGAAAUAUUUUCUAAUGAGCACAAGGAAUUGGUGAUUAAUGGAGAGAAAUGGAUGAAGGAGACAGCAACAUCUUGUACAGUUGUAGGUGCUCUUAUCAUUACCAUUAUGUUUACUGCAGCAUUUACUGUUCCUGGUGGUAAUGUUCAAGAUACAGGCUUUCCAGUAUUUUUAAAGAGAAAAUCAUUUAUGAUUUUUAUAAUAUCCGAUGCGAUUUCACUCUUUUCUUCGUCAACAUCUGCAUUGAUGUUCUUAGGAGUCCUUACGUCACGUUAUGCUGAGGAUGACUUCCUCAAGUCCUUGCCCACAAAGUUAAUUAUCGGUCUUUCCACCCUUUUCAUUUCAAUUGCAGCAAUGAUGGUAGCAUUUUGUGCUACUCUAAUAAUAAUGUUAAAGGGAGAGUUGAAACUUGUAAUUCCAAUCACUCUAUUGGCUAGUAUUCCAGUCACCCUUUUCAUGCUGCUGCAAUUUCCUCUCCUUAUUGAGAUAUUUGUAUCUACAUAUGGACCAAGCAUCUUUGAUAGAAAAAUUAAGUAUUGGUUCUGAACAUACUUCACAAGGCAAUUGAUACCCUCUUCAACUUUUUGCGUGCUAAGAAAGCAUGGUUCUUCUUAUGCAAAUAGAUUUUGUUGUAUUACUAUGGAAAGUGAAUAGUUCUUAAGGUGUGAUUUGAGCUAAUGCAUUUGUGUGGCUUUGCUCAUUGUCAGGCUUUGUAAGAGUGGGGUCAUCUAACAUAAAGGGUUAUUGUAAUUCAUCAUUUAUUCAAUAUAUUGUGUGUAUAUGAAUAUAUAUCAACA